AUGGACGUCUGCACGGGUAAACAAACCUUCCGCUCCAUUACGACCGCCAACACCAACUUCGCCCAACGCCUAAAAUUUACUGCCACCGACCGCUACGUGCGCGAGUACCGCAUCGCUACGGCGGCGGCGCCCGUACUGACAAAGAACAACAUCACGGUGGGAUUGUACGUCCAGCCUGUCACCGCGUGGAUACAGCCGGAGCAGGUCAACCCCGGGUUAGCGCCCAUCGCGAAUGCCUUUUCAAAGUUCAAACACCUGGCUAAAGGCUUUGGGCUGAACGAAGAGGGGAAUAUCUGGGGCCCGCUGGACCCCUUCCUGCAGACUGGCGUAACAGUGUUCAAGACCGCAUCCUGCCCCCUACUCCAAUCCGUACAACCUCUUCUUCAACACCCACGCCAUUGCAUACACCAGUGGACAUCAUACGCGUGACGCUGGCGACAUGGACGAGUUCCGGAGGCGGCACGAUGACGGUCACGUGUACGUCGAAUAAUACGAAUAGUGCGCAGGUGGGGAUGACGCUGGAUUAGGUAUUGGCGACGGGAACGACGGUUUUCG